AUGCAAGCAGCAGGUUUUUCCUAUACAGGCAAUGCAGAUACUGCUCGCUGUGAUACAUGUGCACUGGAAGUAUCCAACUGGACACUAGAUAUGAAACCGUUCACCAUUCAUGCACAACAAAGUCCAAAAUGCGAAUUUGUUCGUUCUAUGCAACCGUCCGACACAACAACUUCCUCACACAUAAACGCUACAGUACAAUGCACAUCAUCUUCACCAUCACAUGGUGAAGAUAGACCAUCCAAACGACAAAAGAUAGAUUCUCCACUAGUACCUAUGCAAUCAAACGUGCUAGUGGAAGCGGAAGCUAUGAAACAUGUGCGUCGACGAACGUUCUCACACUGGCCUCAGCGAUCAUCACCAUCGGUCGAACACAUGAUUGAAGCAGGUUUCUUCAGCUGUAACAUUGGUGAUCGUGUGAUAUGCAUAUACUGUAACAUAAUCUGUCAACAAUGGAUGCAAUACACGGACGAUCCUCGAGAAGUGCAUAGAACCCUAUCACCACAAUGUCCAUUUGUUCGUUCCAUCUCUAAUCACCACCUAUCAUCGUUGUCAAACAACGGCGAUCCAUGUGAACUAAAGUCUGAAAUGCUUGAAGGCGCUUUUCACCAAGCUUAUGUUAAUCCUAAAGACCGUCAUGCUUCUUUCAAAAACUGGCCAACAGAACCUCUUCCGUCAGUUGACGAUCUAGUCAAUGCUGGAUUUUUCUAUACUGGAACGGGAUCACAAGUGACAUGUUUCUAUUGUACCGGAUCUUUGCGCAAUUGGGGGCCAACGGAUAAUCCAAUGGUAGAACAUGCACGAUGGUUUCCACGCUGUGCUUAUGCUAAAUAUGUUUGUGGAACAGAAUUAUACCAAAAGGUGCAGGGUACGGUUCGUCGAAACGAAAAGAACAAAGCACGCUCAAAAAUUGGUGUUCAAGAAACAACUACGGCUACUGCUCCAGUUAAUACACCUUCAGGAACAUUCGACAGUGGCGCAUUAGAAAGAUUAGUAAGUGCUCGGCUCGAUUUACCAUAUUCUCAAGAGUUGCGUUCUCAAAACUUCAAAUUAUCUAUUAUCAGACGUUGUUGGGAAGAUCAACUCUUGCUCAAAGAUGAUGAUUUUCACUCUGAAACUGAUUUAUUUAUGGCCUGUACGAUUCUUCAGAAACAAAUCGAAAAUAUUGCUGGUAAAGCAGAAAAUAUCAUUGUACCUAGUGAACAUUGUAAAAAAUUGCCAGUGAAUCCCGAAUCAGUAACAAUUUUUCGUUUAGGAACUGUGCAACCUUUACUAGUUUGCAGGUUAUGUACAACAAACGAAAAACAGCUGGCAUGCAUUCCUUGUGGCCAUUUUUCUAUCUGUACGCCAUGUGGACAUAAAUUACGAUCGUGUAUAGUAUGUCAUAAAGACAUAGUGGGUUUUGUGCGCGUAUAUUUGUAA